AUGGAUACCAUUCUUUUCGUUGACUCAUAUGCCACUCCAGCUUUCGUGUUGAUGCUAAUCGUCCUAACACUGUGUAUUAUAUAUCUCCUAUUCAACCCUUAUUACCUUGUAAGAAAGAGCGGGCUUUUAUACCCCCGACCGAUUUAUCCCGUUUUUGGACAUCAGUUGUCUUUAAUGAAACACGGCUUUCAAAUAUGUUACUGCAAUUGGCGCAAUCAGCUGUACCCACCUAAAAAUAGUGAGAAUGUAUCAUCGAAGGAAGUCUAUAAAAUAUACGCCGUAUGCGAGGGUUUAAAUUGCACCGUUGUUGUUUCCGAUCCUCUGAUACUAAAAUUGGUGUUUGUCAGAGACUUUCACACCUUCCCCAAUCGACGACUCCUAAUUUUGCAUCAAAAAUGUUUGACCAAAGCGGUGAUAGCUCAGCCUUACCGGGAGUGGAAAAUAAAUCGUCAAAAUCUGGUGGGAACAUUUACCACUUCCAUGAUAAAGCAAAUGCUGGUUGACAAUGUGCGUUGCACCUUAGACUUAGUGGAAAAGGCUGGAUCGAUGACUGAAGAUAGUCUUAAUCUUUCGGAAGGGCUGCCAAAGAAAAGUUAUAAAAUGAGCGAUGACGAAUCUUAUACAAAACAAAGAAAUCAUGAUCCGAAAAUUUCGGCCGAAAAAAUAAUAGAUAGCAGCUGUCAAUCGAAACAACAAAAUACGCGUUACCCAUUUAAGAUUGACGGGAAGACCCCCUUCGAAACAAAACCGUUGUUCGGAAUUUACGCUAUCGACAUCAUGACCAGGAACUCUUUCGGUUUCAAAUUAAAGUUUGGAACACGUGACCACGCAAAAUUCAUGGAAAGCACUAGGGAAAUAUUUACGUACCAAAUGCACAGAUUUAUCAUUCUAAGCUGGCUUAAGCCGAUUGUAUAUCUCAUCUCCUGCCUGUUGAGGAUUUCUUUUGUGGGUGAGCCAUCUCUCAUCUACAUUAGAGAUGUCAUUAGGAAGUUCGCUGGCCUAAGACAAGACGCUUUCUUCAAUCGGAAAGACCUGUAUCAGAUUAUGCUAAACGCGGCUAAAAGGAAUUUUCAAAAUGAACGUCGCGAUAACUCGUUAGUCGAUCGUAUCAAAGGUUGUCCUUUCGUCAAUUAUUUGACAAAAAGUGACAAUAAAAAUAUGAUCGAUUAUGACAUGGAGAACGUGGAGGCGAAUUCGAUAUUCAUUACAUUAGCCACUUACGAAACAUUGUCAACGGCUCUGUCCUGGGUCGUCUAUCACCUAGCCCAGAAUCCCGGCAUGCAAGAUCUUAUAUACCAAGAAAUCGUAGCGGAAUUAGGAAGCGCAUCUCUUCAUAAGGAAGAUGAAACUAAUAUGGUAUCUAGCGUGAGCAAUGACGAUGAUAGUGAAAUACUAAUGAGUGAACAUGAUUCUCCUAAUAGGAACAGCAGAUAUGAUAAAGAAGAAUUUCCGAAUUCCGAGUAUUCCAAAGUGAAUUACCACUUCCUAAAACGUUUAAAAUAUACAGAUAUGUUUGUGAAAGAAGUCCUUAGACACGAUCCACCCGUGGCUAUCAUAAAUAGGGUGGCUAAUGAGGAUUAUACCCUACCGCUUAAAGAUAGUAGAAUAAAGAUUCUUAAAGGAACGCUGAUCAAUGUACCAAUUUACGACAUACAUCAUGAUCCAGAAUAUUGGCCUGAUCCUGAUAUCUUUGAUCCGGAAAGAUUUAGCAUCGAAAAUAGCUAUAACAAAUAUGCCUAUCUGCCGUUCGGAUUAGGGCCUCGCAACUGUGCAGCAGAAAAAUACGCUAUGUUAACUAUGAAGACAUUUCUAGCUGUCGUUUUGCAGAAAGUUGAAUUUAGAAAGUGCCCCAAGACCUUGGACAGUUACACGCCCUACGAAACCGCUUUCCAAAAGAGCGAGUUCCAUUAUCCAGAAUGCGGAAUAUGGUUAGUGGCUCAUCCCAGAGUUUAAUAUUUAAAAUUGAAUGUUCUUUUAUUAUGUACAUAGAAUAUUACAUAAUGAUUAUUUUCUAUUUAUCUAUCUAUCUAUCU